GCCCGGUUUAAUCUUUGCAGUGACGCGGGUUCUACGCAUGUCCAAUUCGCGGAUCUUCAACUUAUUAAAUCCCGGAAGUGAUCGCUGUGUAUGGUGUUAAGAUCUGAGCUAAACCAGAGAAAGAAAAACCCUGACGACAGGCAGAAAUCAAAAACUUUGCUAGCUUAACAGCUAGCUAGCGGAGUCGUUUGUAAUUUAUUGGUAUUGUUAAUAUUAUUAUUGUGUUAAAAUGGAGCCUUUGCGAUGUUUUAGCGACUCCCAUCAUUUGGAGGAGUUUAAAGAUGACGGUUUGCAGACCGUUACUUCUGCAGAGCAGAAAAAAGUUGAACGCAGCAUUAAAGAGGUCCUCAGUGUUUACCAGCAAAUCCACAAUUCACCAGAGCCAACAUUACUACGAGAACAACACUACCAAUAUCUGAAGAAAGGUUUACGCCAUCUCUCAGACGCCUAUGAGUGUUUGGACGCCAGUCGGCCUUGGCUGUGUUACUGGAUCCUGCACAGUCUGGAGCUUCUGGAGGAACCCGUGCCUGCUUCUGUAGCAUCAGAUGUAUGCCAGUUCCUGGCGCGGUGCCAGAGCCCGACGGGCGGUUUCGCAGGAGGACCGGGGCAGCACGCUCACCUGGCACCCACCUACGCCGCCGUAAAUGCCCUCUGCAUCCUGGGCACGGAGGAGGCCUACGGCGUCAUAAACAGAGAGAAGCUCCUGGACUUCCUGUUCUCGGUGAAACAGCCAGAUGGCUCCUUUGUGAUGCAUGUGGGUGGGGAGGUGGAUGUCAGGAGUGCGUACUGUGCGGCGUCAGUGGCCUCUCUCACUAAUAUCAUGACUCCGAAACUGUUUGAGGGAACACACAACUGGAUCCUCAGCUGUCAGAAUUGGGAAGGUGGUUUAGGAGGGAUGCCCGGUCUGGAGGCUCACGGUGGCUACACCUUCUGUGGCAUGGCAGCUCUGGUCAUCCUGGGAAAGGAAAACAUGCUGGACCUCAAGGCCUUAUUACGCUGGGUCACCAGCAGGCAGAUGCGGUACGAGGGCGGCUUUCAGGGCCGCUGUAAUAAACUAGUGGACGGCUGUUACUCGUUCUGGCAGGCCGGCCUGCUCCCGCUGCUCCACAGAGCGCUCUUUAAGGACGGAGAUGAGACGCUGAGCGUCAGCAGUUGGAUGUUCGAGCAGCAAGCGCUACAGGAAUACAUCCUGCUCUGCUGCCAGAACCCUGGAGGAGGCCUGCUGGAUAAACCGGGCAAGUCCCGGGAUUUUUACCACACCUGCUACUGUCUGAGCGGUCUCUCUAUAGCACAGCACUUCGGGAACAAAGAUCUCCACCACGAGCUGGUCCUCGGCAGAGACGAGAACAGACUGGCACCGACUCACCCCGUGUACAACAUCUGCCCUGAGAAAGUGGCCCGAGCCAUCCGGUAUUUCCACACGCUGUCUGCACCAGCGCAGAGAGGAGGAGCUUCAGAGAGCGCACACGAUCAUCUGUAGGCUUUUGACAUUGUUGGUGUUGUUCUUCUUGUUGUUAUCUGGGCUGUAAACAGGAAGCUGGUGUGUAAAUCACUGUAAUUAAAAUCCAUGCUGGGGGGAAAAAAAUGCAGCAGUCUUACUAAAACCUAAAGCAAAGGUGUUUUUGGGUCUCUCUCCCUCAGUGCUGUGGUGAGGACCUGACAGCUUGAGGAUAGAAAAUGCACUCGGUGGCUUUUUUUAAAAACAUGUUUUAAGGUAAUGUUGCCUCUAUGGUGCUGUGGAAAUAAAAGCUUCAGCAGUUUCA